AACAAGCACAACACCGCAGGACACACGCGGGACACACGCAGGACACACGCGGGACACACGCAGGACACACGCGGGACACAAGCGGGACACACGCCGAGAGAGAAAGAACUACGAGACGUGAAAAGAAGAGAAAAGAAGCGACGAUACGGGAAUAAAAGCGACAACAGCGGAUCAUCUGAAGCGACAGGAGCGAACACACGCGCACAGGAGCGAACACACGCGCACAGGAGCGAACACACGCGCACAGGAGCGCGCGCCGGGACCGUCUUCACGGACACUUUCCUCUCGUCCUUGUCCGGAGCUGUCCCCUCUGCCCGGUGUCCCCCCUGGUCGGACAUGCUGUGCCCGCGGUUCCACUCGCCCCUCACUGACCCCAUGUGGCCCCUCGCGCGCAGCCUGUGGCCCGAGACACGCCCCCUGCUCUACAGCAUCGAACAGGACGUACUGCGCCACCUAGAGGAAAUGCGUCACAACAUGGAGUACAUGGAGCGACUGCACCAGCGCAUCUUUGAGCAGAUCGACCAAGCGCUCCCCUCGCCUGGCUCCACCUUCAGGCCCGUCGCCGUGGAGAAUCUCGCCAAAGACAACGACGGCGCCUUCGCUCUGAGUCUGGACACGUCGGAGUUCUCUCCCGAUGAACUGUCCGUCAAACAGGUCGGCCGCAAACUCCGAGUGAGCGGGAAAAACGAGAAGAAGCAGGACGACGGGAAGGGAUCCUACUCCUACAGGUGUCAGGAGUUCAGGCAGGAGUUCGACCUCCCCCAAGGCGUCGACCCCGAGUCCGUGAGCUGUUCUCUGGUCGGGGGCCGGCUCCAGAUCACGGCCCCCCAAAACAAGGCCCUGGAGGGAGGCAAGGAGCGCGUGGUCCCCAUCACCCUCACCUCCAAACCAGCCAUCAGCACGGGCGGAGCUAAACCAGAGCAGACACAGAGCGAGGCGGAAAAGAAAAACUAACGCACCCCAAACACCGACUAAACCAGAGAAGAAAAACAAACGCACCCCAAACACCGACUAAACCAGAGAAGAAAAACAAACACACCCCAAACACCGACUAAACCAGAGAAGAAAAACAAACACACCCCAAACACCGGCUGCCAGUGAAGAGGAGGUGAACGAGGAGAACCAAACUGUUUUAACCAAACUUUCCAGGGCUCCCACACUUUCCUGGAAAACCUGGAAAACGAACUGAUGUAUUUUGUAAAGGUGGAAAACUGGAUUAUUGGAUCAAACUGAUCAUGAUUCAUAUAAAUGUUUACGGCCUCAGACACGUCUUUAUUUGAAAAACUGUAAAUAAAUAAGUAAAUAAAUAAAUAAAUAAACAAAAUGAGGGGAUGUAUUUGUUGACACGAUCACUUUAUAGAAACUGUCCUGGAAAUAUCCUGGAAAAUGAUUUAAAGUAAAACGUGGGAGCCCGGGGUUUGUGGACGUGUUUUUCUAAUUGUUGUGUUACUAAUGUUUGUGUUUUAGAUGUUUAGUAAAAUAAGCUAAAGUUGAAAUUUAAUACUUUUUGAAUUGUUUCUUUUGCCGUAUUUAGUUUGAGACUUUGUGUUUUACUAAUAAUGUUAUUUAUCUGACUUUUAAAAUGAAAUAUUCUGUUUAUUAAUGUAAAAGAACUUUUUUCAAUAAACAAUAUGAAAAUGUAAGUGAAUGUAAUGGGACCUGAGUUUGACCUGAGUUUGACCUGAGUAUGACCUGAGUUUGACACUGGGGCCAAAAAGUAUUUAUUCAGCUCCAGUUGUUCCAGUUCUGUCUCUUAAAAAGAUGAGACGCCUGUGAUUUUCAUCAGUUUCACUUCAGCUUUGAAACAAAGAAAGAUCCACGAAGUCACAUUUAGGAUUUUUUAUGAAUUUAUUUGCAUAUUAUGUUGUAAAAUAAGUAUCUGGUCAAUAACAAAAGUUCAUCUCAUACUUUGUUACAUUCUCUUUGUUGCAGUGACAGGUCGUUUUCUGUCUCCAGAGGUUUUCUCUGUUGCUGUAGUUUGGUCCGUUCCUCCUGCAGAUCUCCUCUAGAGCAGUGAUGUUUGGGACAACAUGGACUUUGAACUCCCUCCAAAGAUUUUCUAUGGGGUUGAGAUCUGGAGACUGGGCCACUCCAGGACAUUGAAAUGCUUCUUACUCCACUCCUUCGUUGCCCGGGUGAUGUGUUUGGAUCAUUGUCACACUGAAAGACACAGACACGUUUCAUCUUCAGUGUCCUCACUGAUGGAAGGAGGUUUUCACUCAAAAUCUCAUGAUACAUGGCCCCGUUCAUUCUUUCCUUUACACGGAUCAGUCGUCCUGGUCCCUUUGCAGAAAAACAGCCCCAGAGCAUGAUGUUUCCACCCCCAUGCUUGGUCUUGUUCCAUUUUGUAAUACUUGCUCCACAGUUGAUUUGUUGACUCCAGCUCUUACCUGUUGCAGAUUGAGUGUUCGGGGCCUGGUGUCUACAGUUUUGUUUGUGGUUCCUUUGCUCUUUGGUCUUGUCCAUAGUGGAGUUUGAGUCUGACUGUUUGAGGUUGUGGACAUGUGUCUUUUAUACUGAGGACGAGUUCAAACAGGGGACAUUAAUACAGAGAACGAGUGGAGGACAGAGGAGCCUCUGAAAGAAGAAGGGACAGGUCUGAGAGACACAGAUCUUGUUUGUUUGUAGUUCAGAAAUACUUAAUUUACUGAGGAAUUUACUAAUUCAUUCAUUAAAAAUCCUAAAUGUG